UACUUCCGGUAAAAAAUGUUUAAAAUAUCGUUGUGUCGGAAUCUAGUUGUUUUGUGGAUUCUCGAUUAAACAUGUGAGCUACAAUAAUUUGCAGAUAUUAGUUAGCGGAAGCCUAUUAAAGAGUCAGCGACAGUUAAAUGAAUUGAUGGGAAUAUCUGAAUAAAGAGAACCAAGAUGGUUACUUUAGCCCACAGAUUACGCAGGGUCGCCAUUGUAUUUGCCAGCAUUUUAGGGACUGCAUACAUUAUUUUGGUGCUCAUUGCCUUGCUCAAUUAUAACCCUCGGGUAAAGAUAGGGAUGCCAAUCAUAGUUGAUGAUGCAGAAUUACCAGGAGCUGGCACCCGGUGCAAAAUGGAUCCUGAUUUAGGUCCUGUUAAGGUUGACAUUUACACUAAGCCCUGUAUGGAAGAGCUUGAGAGAAUGAAUCCUGAGAUCCAAGCUGGGGGAGCCUGGAAACCUCCAAACUGUCAAUCAUGGCAGAAAGUUGCAAUUGUCAUUCCAUACAGAGACAGAUUAGGUCAUUUAAAAAUAUUGCUGAGGAGGCUUCAUCCAAUGCUUAGAAAACAACAGAUAGCUUAUAGAAUAUUUGUUGUUGAGCAGGCUGGUACUGAUCAGUUCAAUAGAGGGCGCCUAAUGAACAUAGGUUAUGCCGAAGCAAUGAAAGAAGACAAUUUUGAUUGCUUCAUAUUCCAUGAUGUUGAUCUCAUUCCCGAAGAUGACAGAAAUGUAUAUUUAUGUGAUGACCAGGCUCGCCAUCUAUCUUCAGCUAUAGAUGAGAUGAGAUAUCACAUAAUGUACUACAACUAUGCAGGGGGUGUCAUUGCUUUAAAUCGCCAGAAUGUUCUGAAGGUGAAUGGUUACUCAAAUGACUAUUGGGGCUGGGGGAAUGAGGAUGAUGAUUUCUCAGCCAGAACAUUGGCAGCUGGUUUAAUGUUAACCAGACCACCAGAACAUAUAGGAAGAUUCAAGAUGGUGAGGCACUUAAAAGCUGAUAGAUCUAACCAUGGAAAUAGUUACUUCUUUACAUGGAGAUCAAGGUGGAAAAAUGAUGGCAUCAAUGCCAUCAAAGAACUCAAUUACAAAGUUGUAGAGAAAACAGAUUUGCCGGUUUUUACGAAUAUUUCAGUAGAUAUAGGUCAUCCUCCUGAUGAAAAAACUUGGAAUGAAAGAAAUAAAAAUCAAGAAAGUGUCACUAUGCUGUGAUAUGAACAAUUUAAUACUUGGCGUUCCCGUUGGCAAACAGAUGGUCUAAAAUCCCUUGAUAAAAGCAAGUAUUCAGUGGUGGCAAGUACACCUAUGAAACUGUUCACGAAUUUAAGCGUAGACCUUGGCCCUGCACCUCUUGUGUGGGAGCAUGAGGGGGAGGGGGUUCCUGAGAGCACACUUUGGUUCCUAAGGUUUUACUACCCAUAAAAAGAUGGCAUAUAUCCAGUCAAAGAAUGCUAUCUAAAGCUAAGUGUAGAACAGCAAAAAGCCAUAAGUGCCAGAGGUGUUAUCGCAUGGAUUACAUAUCACCAGUCUCUUCCUAACAUAUCCAAGCCAAAGACUGACACUUGAUGUAUCAAGAACAUUAAUGCUUAAUUGUCUCGUUGUUGUCUAGCCUGGCUUAUAUCUGGUUAUAACCAUUAAAUUACUGUGUUCAAAACAUUAUGUGCCUGUGCCUUCAAUAAUCACUAUAGUGUUGUAAAUUAUUAUAAUAUUAUAUUACAUUAUUGUAUACUGUAGAUUGAGUUAAUUUGGUGCCUGUUUUAAUUUGACGAAUUUGGCGAAGUAGAAAAAAUCGCCCAAAUUUUGAAAGAAUUCCCAGGAAUUUUCCAGGGAACUUUGUCCUGUGUAUUUUUUAAGUUACUUAUGGUUUAGUUUUUACAAAAUCUGA